AUGGUGCGCAGUAAAGUGGCCUCUGCAGCUCGUGCUGCCCUCGCGACAAGCCGCGGCUAUGCGACCGCCUCCGCCUCCCCCGUGAGCGCUGCCUCGCGCUCUCACAAAGUGGUUGUGAUUGGCGGCGGCACUGCUGGCCUCGCCAUCAGCCACCAGCUCCUGCGCUCCGGCCGCUUCGUCCAGGACGACAUUGCCGUUGUCGACCCGGCCCUCUGGCACAACUACCAGCCCGGCUGGACGCUCGUCGGCGGCGGCCUCAAGACCCGCGAGGAGCUCCGCCAACCCCUGCACGGGCUCAUCGACCCAAAACUCAAGUUCUACAACGAGAGCGUCGGCACGUUCACACCAGAGGAGAACUACAUCACGCUGGGCAACAGCAACAAGCUCAACUACGACCACCUGAUUGUCGCCCCCGGCGUUGCGCUCGAUUUCGGCAGCGUCAAGGGCCUCUCCGAGGCGCUGGCCGCCCCGGAGCCGGCUGUCUCCACCAUCUACUCGUACGACACGUGCGCUAAUGUCUUUCCCUCUAUCGAGAAGCUGAAGAAGGGCAACGCGAUCUUCACGCAGCCCGCGGGCGUCAUCAAGUGCGCCGGCGCCCCGCAGAAGAUCAUGUGGCUCGCCCUCGACUACUGGAAGAAGGCCGGGCUCUACGACCCCACCAACCCCGCCGGCUCGGCCAUCAAGAUUGCCUUUGCUACGGGGACACCUACUAUGUUCGGCGUGCCUAAGUACAGCGCUAAGCUCGAGGAGCUGCGCAAGGAGCGUGGGGUCGAGGGUCUCUUUACGCAUGACCUCGUCGCGAUCGAGGGCAAGAAGGCGACAUUUGCGCGUCCCAACGGCGCUGCCAACGUGACACGCGACUUUGACCUCCUGCACGUCGUCCCGAAGAUGGGUCCGCACGCUUUCGUCAAGAACAGCGCUCUCGCCAACGAGGCUGGAUAUGUCGACGUCGACGACGGCACGACACGGCACAAGAAGUUCGGAAACGUCUGGUCCGCCGGCGACGCCUCUAGCCUGCCCACAUCCAAGACUGCCGCGGCAGUUACAGCCGAAGCCCCGGUCCUCGUACAGAAUCUGCUCCGCACAAUCGACGGCAAGGAGCCUGAUGCCAUCUACGACGGCUACACCUCCUGCCCGCUGCUCACGGAGUACGGCAAGGUUCUCCUCGCAGAGUUCAAGUACGGCGGUGUCCCCAAGGAGACGUUUGGAAAGUGGUUCGGGAUCGACCAGGCGAUUCCCCGGAAGGAGUUCUACCACCUUAAGAAGACCUUCUUCCCCUGGGUGUACUACCAGUCCAUGGUGAAGGGUAACUGGGGUGGACCGAAGGGGUGGUUGUGA